UAUUCACUUGGGUGCAGCAGUACGCAGAUCAGAGCAGCUGUUGUGUCCAUCCAAUACAAACGAAGAUAUGGCUCCUGUGAAGCUCGAGAGUUCAGAUGAUGCCAAGCCUGUCGACAAUGGCAAGGCCGAGAAAGGCAUUACCUCCGCGAUGAAGGGGUUGGAGACAAUUGAACCUUUGGUGCGCUCUGUAGAAGAAACCCCUGAGCCCAUCUCCACUGAAGUACACGGCACCAUUCCCUCCUGGAUCAAAGGCAACCUCCUCCGCAACGGCCCGGGGAAGUUCGAGUUUGGAAACACACACUACAACCACUGGUUUGACGGGAUGGCCCUGCUGCACAAGUUCAACAUCGCAGAAGGCCAGGUGACCUACAUGAGUCGCUUCCUGAACAGCGAGGCCUACAGGAAGAACAGCGAAAGGGACCGCAUCAUCAUGUCAGAGUUCGGUACCCUCGCCAUGCCUGACCCCUGUAAAAACAUCUUCCAGCGCUUCCUGUCCUGCUUUGAGAUAAUGGAGCCCACGGACAAUGCCAGUGUGAGCUUUGCGAAAUACAAGGGUGACUACUACGUCAGCACGGAGACAAACUUCAUGCAUAGAGUGAACCCGGAAAACCUGGAAACACUGGAAAAGGUAGACUGGAGCAAGUUCAUUGCUGUGAAUGGAGCCACUGCUCACCCACACUAUGACCCUGACGGCACCGCCUACAACAUGGGCAACUCCUAUGGAAGCAAAGGAGCGUUGUACAACAUCAUCAGAGUGCCUCCUGAGAAGUCAGACACCAAAGACACUCUCCAAGGAGCCACAGUACUCUGCUCCAUUGUGCCUUCAAACAAGUCCCAUCCCUCCUACUACCACAGCUUUGCCAUGUCAGAGAACUACGUGGUGUUCAUCGAGCAGCCAAUCAAGAUGAACCUGUUGAAGAUAGUCACGGCUAAACUGAGGGGGAAGGCUUUGAGCGACAGCAUCUACUGGGACCCCAAACAAGAAACUGUCUUCCAUCUAGUUGACAAGCAUACAGGCAAGGUCAGCCCCGUGAAGUACCACACCAAAGCCAUCUCUACCUUCCAUCAGAUCAACGCCUUCGAGGAGGACGGGUUCCUGAUGGUCGACUUGUGCUGCGCAGAUGACGGCGGAGCCAUCAACGACUAUCUCCUCCAGAACUUGCGCAAGUCUGGAGAAGCGUUAGAUGAGGUCUACAACGCCAUAUGCAGGGCAUUCCCGAGGCGAUUCGUUCUGCCGCUCCAGCUGACGGCUGAAACCCCGACAGACCAGAACCUGAACACCCGGCCCUCCAGUGAGGCAACCUGUGUCAAGAUCAGCAAAGAUAAGGUGUUUUGCCAACACGAGAAUCUCCAUGGAGAUGACCUCUACGAGUACGGUGGCCUUGAGUUCCCUCAGAUCAACUACGGGAAAUAUAACACGCGACAAUACCGCUAUUUCUACGGCUGCGGAUUCAGACACCUGGUGGGAGACUCUCUGCUCAAGAUGGACCUCAAGGACAAGACGCUCAAGGUCUGGUACCAGAAGGGUUUCUUCCCGUCAGAGCCGGUGUUUGUGCCGUCCCCUGAUGCCGUGGAGGAAGACGACGGUGUCAUCCUGUCUGUGGUCCUCACCCCCUCACAGGAUAAAGGAACAUUCCUCCUGGUUUUGGAUGCAAAGACAUUGGAAGAACUGGGAAGAGCCAACGUGUCCGUUAACAUGGCUUAUGGUUUCCAUGGCGCGUUCAAUGCCUCGCCAUAAACACCUUUUUUUAUGUUAUCUUUAAAUCACAAAGGCUUAAAAUGAAUGUUAUACGAGUUAGACCAAACACAGUGUUAAUCCUGAUAACCACUAUACGCCCGAUGGUACUGACUGCAAGAUAUAAAGAUGGAUGCAGUGUUUGUUACUGGCUAAACUGAUCUCUGGUUCGUAGGAAUGGAAUAAAUGAGGCCCGGUUAUGCUUUUUGGGGGGUUUCCCUUUCCUGUAAUGUGUUUUAAUAAUUAUAAUAAUAAUUCAUUCUAUUUAGAGGCACCUUUAAAAAGCACCCAAGGACACCUUACAUCUCAUAAAAUAUUCAAAGGAAAGGUUUAAAACAGUACGAAAGCACAGCAUAUAGGUUCUGUGCAUGUAAAUGGUAUGCAGAGGCUGAACUCCUACAGAAACGCCUCCUUUGUUUACGUCUGUCACUUAGAAGCAUCACUAAGUACAGUACAUGAUAGGCUAAGGUUUCAGACAGAGGGUGAAAAGGGUGUCUCAGUAGAGGAACAACAUACAAAUAUGACCCUGAAAAGGAUAAAGGGAUUGUAGUAGUGGUCUGAUCCAUAGUCAGUAAACGAGAUAUCUGCACGCUGCCGUUACAGAAAGAGACAGGAGUAUCAGCAUGGACGUGAAGGAGUCUGGCAAUGUGUAUUUUAGCCAGUUUAAGUGUACGCUAUAUUUUGAAUGUUCUAACCACUUUACGUUACACUCAGACAGCCCUUCUCAGAGGAGCUAAAGUCUACAUCUGUGCUCUUCUCUUAGCCCGCAGACUCCUUUUAAAAAUGCUGUAAUUGAACCAGAACCCAGAAAGAAGGUAUGGUCUACCACCGCCUCGAUCAGUUAGUAUGUUAGGGUUAUUGGUUUGAGGCAGAGGUCCCUUUCCUAUAAGCUAAAAUGACUGUGUUUCUGAAAGGAGUCUGGUGGCUUUAAAUCGAGGACAUUAUGAAUAUUUUAUAUUAAAUGUAUUUGAUGAGAAACUGAAUAUGGUACUCUAACCUGUGGCAUUGAUGUUUCCCGACCAAAGUGCCGCAUUAUAAUUUUCUACAAAAACCUUCUUUUGUAAUCAAACGAUAUAUUUUUGUACAGCUUUGAUUGCUUUCAUACAAUCUGUUUGCCAAUAAAAUGUUUCACCUC